CAAGUAUUGUAGAGCUAAACACUCGAAGUUAAAGGUUGGACGCAUUCAUAAGUCUGCAAUGUCAUCAGACAUAAAUAAAGAAGAUGAGAUCGACAAAUUUUGGUCUUACUUAAAUGGAGAAAGCCCUAAAAACAAAAAUGAUCAGCAGAGUUAUACAAGCAAUUCGGUAAAAGAUGAGCGAACGACCAGGUCCUUCGACAACGACUUCAAUAAAACCAUCGACAUGAAUGCCAAUAAAAGAUCAACCGAAGAAACUCAAAAUGGAAAAGUAGAGUUUGAUGUAACAAAAAUGUUGAAAACAUUUGAAGACAUUGAAGCAUUCGGAUCAAGCGAUGAGUUGGAACCUAUUGAACUAAACUUAUCGGGGAGUGAAGAAGACGAGUCAUUGUCAAACGACAAGAGGAUUGCUGAAGAAACUGACAUCAGGAACAAAUACGAGAAAGAAGAAGAGGUCGACCGCCAGACCCCUCCACAUAGGGAGGAAGAAAGCGACUCCGAGCAGGAAUCGAUGAUGACACCGGUGAAUCUGGCCCUUUCCGCUCUUCUCUCCGGAGGAUUAGUCAUGGCAGUAGUCCUAACCUUCAGGCUAAUCUACAUCAUGGUAGGAACCGUCAAGAACUUGCUCGAGUAUGUCGUCAUGUUUGUCUAG